GGAAGAAAUCAGCGGAGCUUUCGCUCGGAGACCGCAAGUUUCCUUCCCCAUUUUCUUUCCUUCCCCGUCGUUCCUUUCAAUCGAAAAUACCGAAAUCGAGAUUAAAAAUACCAAAAUUAGCCGAAAUCCAUAGCUAUUCAGCUGAUUCUCUCUUUUGAUUAAGAUCCAAAAUGUCAAAAUUGAGAUCCAAAUUUGAGAUGCGAAGUCUCUUCUUCACCAAAUAAAAUAAAUUAAAGGAAAUCAUUCCCCGUAAGUGGUCUCUGAGUUUGUCCGUGCGGCAUAGGAUCUUGUGGCGCAAGGGUAUGUGCAUGUUGGGUUGGAUACUUACAAAUUCAUUUAUGGCUUUUGGGGUAUGCAGAUCAGUGUGAAGGGGUUAAUUUUAUUNCCAACCUCAACUCAACAUCAGAAAGUGUAAAGAGGGGCAGGCCGAUACUGGACGAAUCCAGACAAUUGGAGCAGUGAUGCCGCACCAUCCUGUCAUGUUUGAAAUUCAAUUCUCUUCUCUGUACAGGUUAUUGGCUGAAUUUUUAAGUUUCAAUUUCUCAUCUUUCCAAACAAGUCACCAAGAUCGAAAUUUCCAUUUUAUCCAAUAAUGAAUGGAGAUUGCUUUGUCAAUUUUUUACUAAUGGAAACACAAUCAUGAUUCAUUGGGAUAAAAGUAUGUUGGUUUUGAAGUUGCGGACUACUACAACAACAAUUGUUUGAUUGAUGUUGCAGACUUAAUGUGAAAAGUUGUACGGAGUAAUAGUCAAGAGAUAGAAAAUUAUAUGGAGUAUUAAUGCUUUCUCCAAGUUAUCCUCUUAUAUAACUUUAGACAAUUAUACAUUUGCAUCCUAUUGUGAAUAUUUCAUGUGCCAUUUGUUCUGUUCAUAGCAUUGCUGUAAUCUUUAAGUUGGCCAGACAUGAUUGAAUAUACACUUAUUUAAAUUUAUCAAGUUAAUAAAGUAGUUGAAGAAAAUAUUGAACGUCUUUCAAUGUUUGAGGCUUGGAUGGUAACCAAUACACAGUACAGUGAGGGGCAUAAUUUAACUUAUGCGGAGUUCCCAGGACACUUUGUGUAUAAAAGAGGCUGUCGAGCUUGGUUCUGGAAAUCAGUUGAGAAAGUUGUUCGUCACAUUGUUGGUGACGAAUGCCAUGAGUCGUCCGUGUGUUGUGUGGGAGAAAACAUGGGAACUAUUGGCUGAUGGGAUUUUAUAUGAUCGAAGAAGAUUAUUGCGCAAUCUAGAACUUACCAUCUUGCUUGAUAAUCUCCAAAAUUUAUACUUGAUUGAGAUUGAGAAAUUACUUAAUUCAAACGGACGAUCUUUAAAGGAGUUCAGUGGCAUGCCAUUUCCAGUUAACAACCCACUUAAUCGAUUCCAGAAUAAUUUCUUAGUUGAAGAGCUAAACUAUGACAGAGAAAAGUUGUCAAUUGAUCUCAAGAAAUAUUUAUCAACGAU